GCUUCAGUUUCUCUCCUGACGCCGAUGCAGGAGGACGGCGCAGCCCGAGCAGCGGGAGACGGUCAGUGCGGCGACUACGAGCAUAGCUCCGCAAAAUCGUUCCGAAAGUGAUGAAGUAAAUGGAGGAAAAGUGAACGCCUUGGCGAUUUCGUGAUCGGUGUCACAUUGGCGUCGAAACGACAUUUGUUCGGCCGUUUGCUGAGUGUUUUCAUUUAUGUUAUUACUAACGAAUGCGGGUUUGGAGGACGGCGAACAUAGGGCUUCAUUCUGACAAAUUCUCGCGUCACGGCUGCCAUGGGGGGCUCGAGGGAUGCGGUCGACGUCCAAGAGGUCGAUGAUCCUGAGCAGGACCAGUUCGAGGACGCCGUCGACACCAGCGGCAGUGGCACCGGAGCAGACGCCAUCGGGUGCGCCUUUCGGGACAUGGCCGAGGCGGCGAGGAGCUGGACGCUGGACGGGGCGCUGAGGGACAACGCUGAAAUCGAGAGGAGUCAAGUGAAUGCGCUGCGGUCCUGGUGUCAGGAGAGUGAGAUUCUGCCAGACAUUGCGGAGCCGCUGCUCGUCGCCUUCCUGCACUGCUCCCGCGGCGACCUGGAGCAGGCCAAGGCGGUGGUGCGCGUGUACGAGUCGGUGCGGAGCAAGACGCCCGAGGUGUUCGCCGACCGCUCCUUCCACAGCGAGGAGGUGCAACGUGCCAAGGGGGUGGGCUACUUCUGCGUUCUGCCCAACAAGACGCCGGAAGGGUACCGCGUCAUCGUGCAGGCCCUGCGCGACCCGGACCCGACCGUCUUCGUGUACUCGUCCUCCAGCAAGGCGCAGUUCCUCACCAUGGACGCCGUGGUGCGGGCCGAGCCCACCGCCCCGGGCUACGUCUGCGUCUUCGACAUGAACGCCGUGCAGAUGAGCCACAUGUGGGCGUGGGGCAUCCGCCUGCCCAGGAAGGUGUUCAGGUACCUCCAGGAGGGGUUGCCUUUGAGGAUGCAGAGGAUUCACUUUCUCAACACGACGCCGCUCAUGGACCGCGUCAUGCGGAUGCUGCGGCCUUUCAUUCGCAAAGAACUCCAAUCCAUUUUCCAGUUUCACACUGCUGACGACAUGGAAAAUCUGUACAAAAUGAUUCCUCAAGACUGUCUCCCUGAAAAUUAUGGUGGAUUUUUGCCACCCCUAGAAAAGUUGCAAGAUUAUACUGAUAAAUUUCUGGCAGAAAUGAACAACAUGAUUCCGACAUGAAAAUUUUC